UAUAUAAAUAAAAUAUUUAUAAAUAAAAAUUGCAACACGGAAAAUAGAAUUUGAUUUGUUGUUGUGAUUUGUUAACACGAAUUCAUAGAUGAGCAUUACGGGAAUUGUGAGUGAUUAAGCAAACAGUAAACAAAAGAUUGAAUUUAAUAUAGCAAAAAAUACACAAUGGCUUCAGGCGGUUUAACAUGUGUAAAAUAUUUAACAUUUAUUUGCAAUUUAUUAUUUGCCCUAUCGGGCAUAUUAAUCUUGGUGGUGGGUGCUAUGGUUCAGUUCAACUAUGCUCACUAUUCGAAUUUUGUCGGUGACCAUAUUUGGACCGCCCCCAUAAUACUAAUGAUUGUGGGUGCCGUCGUUGCCUUUAUCUGUUUCUUGGGCUGUUGUGGUGCUUUAAAGGAAAACAGUUGCAUGAUUUUAUCGUUUGCCAUAUUGGCCUUAGUUGUGUUCUUCUUUGAGAUUGGUUUGGGUAUAGCUGGCUAUAUCAAACAUGCCGGUCUGCAACAGAUAAUGGAAGUGCAAUUUAACAAUACUAUGAAAUAUUACAACGAUCGAGAGGACUAUCGUGAUGGCUGGACUCUAUUGCAAACUGAGAUGGAUUGUUGCGGUACUUAUGGACCUAUUGAUUGGGAAACUAUUUUCCCAAAUAAAACCAUACCUUCAUCAUGUUGUCCCAUCAUUAAUCUUAACGAAGCUGAAGUGUGCACUGUUGCUCAUGCCAAUUCUGCUGGUUGUUUGGACAAACUAUUGCAUCUUUUAGAUUCAAAUACUCUCGUUUUAGCUGGCGUAGUUUUAGCCGUGGCUGGUAUUCAGGUUCUCACAAUCAUGUUUGCCUGCUGCCUUUACCGGUCAUUUCGUCGGAGCUACCAGACAGUUUGAAUUACGUAGUCAGGAUCCUUUGUGUCGCAUCUAAAGCUGGAGUCAACAUAUAAAAUUGCUCAAGUCAGACUACACACACUCAAUUUUUACAGGUUUUACAAAAUAAAACUAACAAAAAACAAAUUUGAAAUAAAUUUUUAAAGCAUUUAAAUGAAAUAAACUAACAAAAUAAAAACACAA